CUCUGAUUGGUCAGCACAUUGAGACACAAACAAAAUGGCAGCGCUCAUGAGAAGUGGCCGUGUGCUAAUUAGAAAUAUCAUUAGAUGUAAUUCUGCAUGUUCUGCAAAAUGGUAUUCUAUCGAAGAUGGUAACACAAUUGCAAGUAUAGGUUCAAAUGAUACGGCAAAUCAAAGUAUCGAUCGAUUAGCUGCUACAGAAGGCGAUGGAUUAACUGCAGCAGAAGUCGGUCAAACUGUGAAUGCUAGUGGUGACCCUGGAAAGACAUUUGCAUCUUUGCUAAGAAAGUCCAAAUUUGUGCAGAUUGGCGAUAUGAGAAAGACUGUCGUUGUUGGAGAAAUAUUUGAAGUGGUUGACGAUGAUUUAUAUAUUGACUUUGGAAGCAAGUUUUAUUGUGUUUGUAAAAAGCCAAGAAGAAUGCAACUCGAUGAUAGGAGGUUUCAAAGAGGUUCGAAAGUGAAGAUCCUGCUUCAGGAUUACGAGAUGACUGCUUCAUUUAUGGCUACAAACAAAGAUGUGACUUUAAUGGAGUCGGACGCUACACUGCUAGGAUCCUUAUCUUCUGACGUUCUUGAUGAUGAGAAAAUUGACACAUUUAGAAAAAGAACGAUGUCCAAAGAAAGGACCAACUGGGAGGAAAAAGAACCAUCUUUUGACAUAAGGACUUUCAUAUCAGAUAUCAAAGGAAUAUAACCUGGAGCUCCCUGAUGCAGAACUUCUCAUUGAGGAUAUAAUCUGUGUAGUUUACAAAUUGACGUCAUUUCAGAGUAUUUCUCAGUCUUGUUUGACUUUCUUCAUUUGAAAAUAAAGUUACAUAUGAUUAUCAAAGAAAUCAUCUGGACCUGGAUUUCUCCAUAAAUAUAAUUUUAUAUAUCAAAAUUUGUGGUAGAUGCUGGCUCUUAUUUGACAGAAUAAUUUUAAUUAAUACGUUCCUAAGUGUAGAUUUUUACAAAGUAACCUGGUUUUAAUUACUGGGUAAAUGUACAACCCUUAAAAAAUUGUUAAAGCACUCUGGAUGGUGUCCUCCAUUUUGCUUGUCUAAGAGAUACAAAUUGUAAAUUUUGUAGGAUGAAUAUACAUUUGUUUGUAUUAAAAGAUAACAUGGUGAAAUUUAAA